UAACAUGGCCCGAAAGAACCGCCCAGCUCCUGUGGAAGUCACUUACAAGAACAUGAGAUUUCCUAUUACACACAAUCCAACGAAUGCGACCUUAAACAAAUUUAUAGAGGAACUUAAGAAGUAUGGAGUUACCACAGUAGUAAGAGUAUGUGAAGCCACUUACGACACUGCUCUUGUGGAGAAAGAAGGCAUCCGUGUUCUCGAUUGGCCUUUUGAUGAUGGCGCAGCACCGUCUAACCAGAUUGUUGACGACUGGUUAAGUCUUGUGAAAAUCAAGUUUCGUGAAGACCCUCGUGGUCGUAUUGCCGUUCACUGUGCUGCAGGCCUCGGGAGAGCUCCAGUGCUUGUUGCCCUAGCGUUGAUUGAAGGUGGGAUGAAAUAUGAAGAUGCCGUACAGUUCGUAAGACAAAAGCGGCGUGGAGCUUUUCACAGCAAGCAACUUUUGUAUUUGGAGAAGUAUUGUCCUAAAAUGCAGCUGCGCUCCAAAGACUCCCAUGAUCAUAGAAACAACUGUUGCAUUCAAUAA